AUGAAGCAAGAUCAAACCAUCAUCGACAUCCAGCGUAAGAUCGAGAAGGAGCGCGUUCUCAUCACUGCUGCCAACAACAUGCGCUCCCAGACCGACAACGAUGCAGUCCGCUCUCGUCUCGACUCCCAGAUCCGCGACGGUCGCCGCAACAUUCAGUUCUUCGAGGAGCGCCUCAACGAGCUCCAGAUGCGUCGUGUCAGCCAAGGCAUGGGCAGCAUGGAUGUCCGCGACGACGCCGACGGCCCUCCCCCUCCUCCUCCCAAGGACUCCUCGACUCAAUACAGCCAAAUCGGCCAGCAUGGCGACAGGAUGCCCUCUCACCAUCCCUUUACCCCUCAGCCUCCGGGUGCAUCAAUGCCCAAGGGCCGCCCCAACUUUACCAAGCUCGAUCUCAUAAAAUAUGACACCCCCUACCUCGGUCCCCGUAUCCAGCUCAUGCUCACUCAGCUUCAGUUCAAGCUCAAUGUUGAGGAACAGUAUCUUAAGGGUGUCGAAAAGAUGGUUCAGCUUUACGGCAUGGAAGGCGACCGCAAGAGCAAGGCCGACGCUGCGGCUCGAAAAACCGAAAGCAAGCAGAAAAUCGUUAUUUUGAAGCAGUCGUUGAAGAGAUACGAGGAACUGCAUAUUGAUAUGGAUAACGCGGAUGGCACCGAUGAUGAUUCGAUUAACACCCCCAACCUUCGCAAGCCCCUCAGCGGCUCCCUCACUAUCCGUAUCAUCGCCGUCAACAACGUCGAUCACGCUGCCACUACCCGCUUCUCCCGCGGUCCCGAAACUUUUGUCGCCGUCAAGGUCGAGGACAACGUCAUGGCCCGUACUAAAGCAUCUAGAAGCGACCGUUGGGAAUCCGAAUUUCACAAUAUCGAGGUCGAGAAAGCCAACGAAAUAGAAAUCAUCGUCUACGACAAGCCUAGCGAGCACCCCAUGCCCAUCGGCCUGCUUUGGAUCAGAAUAUCUGAUAUCCUCGAGGAGAUGCGCCGCAAGAGGAUAGAAGCCGAAAUGAAUAGCUCUGGUUGGGUGUCUGCCGACAAGAUGGGUAGCUAUGCCGGCGCCACCCCCCCUGCUCAGUUCCCCAUGAGCCCAUCUCAAGCCUCAUUCGGCGCUCAAGCUGCCGGCACUCAAGGCGCCAAUCAGCCUGGUGGUGCCUACGGCGCUCCUCCGCCCUCCCAGGUCAGCACCGGCCCUAUCGAAGGCUGGUUUAACCUCGAACCCGCUGGUCAGAUUCAGCUGCAGAUAAGCUUCGACAAGCAGAACCGAGACAAGCGCCCUGUCGAUGUCGGCCUCGGCCGAAAGGGUGCUGUUCGCCAGCGUAAGGAAGAGGUCCACGAAAUGUACGGCCACAAGUUCGUCCAGCAGCAGUUUUACAACAUUAUGCGAUGCGCGCUCUGCGGCGAAUUCCUCAAAUACUCUGCCGGCAUGCAGUGCGAAGAUUGCAAGUACACUUGUCACACAAAGUGUUACCAGAGUGUCGUCACCAAGUGCAUCAGUAAAAGCAACGCCGAGACCGACCCCGAGGAGGAGAAAAUCAACCACCGCAUCCCUCACAGAUUCCAGCCCUUCUCCAACGUCACAGCCAACUGGUGCUGCCACUGCGGUUACAUCUUGCCCUUUGACUUCUGUGGCAUGUCCAUGGCCGUGGCAAACCAGAUUCUCCAAGGCAUCCGCGUCCAAAGACAAAAGGCCAAGGGGUCGACGGGCCUGACGGACAGAACUUUACGGAAGAUGAGCAGCCCCAGCUCUCAGUCGGGCACCCCAGCCUCCACCGUCUCUUCCCCAACCGGCUCCGCCCAGCCGCCACAGCUCACUCCUACGACGCCCGGCGCAGCCGAGGCCGCCAAGCACAUAUACGCAAAUCAGCCACCACCUAGCCAGCAGCGACCAGCACCCGGACGCGCCCCUUCCAGCACUAGUUCAACAACCACAGCUGCGUCUUCUGCAGCUGCCGCAGCCGCUUCAGCUGCCAUGUCCGGCAUGUCGGCGCAGCAAAAUCAGAGAUCCGACUACGGCCGAUACGGCGGCUAUGGUCAACAGACCCCAGAUGCACAUGCCGCCGCCGGCGCUUACGGAGCCCAGAUGCAGACGCAGCCUCAGACGCGCCCCUACAACCCGGCAGAUUACGCAAACGUCAACAGUGGCUACGCUCAGCAACAACAGCAAAUGCAGUCGCCCGUCCAGGUUCGGCCUGUCCAGCAGAUGCCUCCUCCCGCCCAACCUGCUGCCCGACCCGCAGAGCCGACUUCCCCGCAGAAGGCGUACCCUCCCCAAGGCGGGCAAGCUGGCGGCCGCAAGGCUCUGCCACUGGCUACCGAUCCCGGCACUGGACAGCGCAUCGGCCUGGAUCACUUCAACUUCCUGGCUGUCCUGGGUAAAGGAAAUUUUGGCAAGGUCAUGCUGGCCGAGACUAAGAGAUCCAAGAAGCUAUACGCUAUCAAGGUCUUGAAGAAGGAGUUUAUCAUUGAGAAUGACGAGGUGGAGAGCAUGCGCUCCGAGAAGAGAGUGUUCUUAGUCGCCAAUCGGGAGCGCCACCCCUUCCUGACAAACCUUCACGCCUGUUUCCAGACGGAGACGCGUGUCUACUUUGUCAUGGAGUACAUUAGCGGUGGUGACUUGAUGCUUCACAUCCAGCGCGGACAAUUCGGCGCCCGACGAGCACAGUUCUACGCUGCCGAAGUCUGCCUGGCCUUAAAGUACUUCCAUGAGAACGGCGUUGUCUACCGCGAUUUGAAGCUCGACAACAUCAUGCUGACGCUGGACGGACACAUCAAGGUUGCGGAUUAUGGUCUUUGCAAGGAGGACAUGUGGUACGGCUCCACGACUGGUACAUUCUGCGGCACGCCCGAAUUCAUGGCGCCCGAGAUUUUGUUGGAUAAGAAGUAUGGCCGCGCGGUUGAUUGGUGGGCAUUCGGUGUCUUGAUUUAUCAGAUGCUUCUGCAACAGUCGCCAUUCCGCGGUGAGGAUGAGGACGAAAUCUACGAAGCCAUUCUGUCGGAUGAGCCGCUUUACCCCAUUAGCAUGCCGAAGGAGUCUGUGUCCAUUCUUCAGAAGCUACUCACGCGUGAACCCAACGACCGCCUAGGCAGCGGGCCGACGGACGCCCAGGAAGUCAUGAGCCACGCCUUCUUCAAGAAUAUCAACUGGGAAGACAUUUACCUGAAGCGUGGGCCACCGCCAUUCAAGCCUGCGAUUAAGAGCGCCACGGACACGAGCAAUUUCGACUCCGAAUUCACCAGUGUAACGCCCGUGCUCACGCCCGUGCAGUCAGUUUUGUCGCAAGCGAUGCAGGAGGAGUUCCGUGGCUUCUCGUACACGGCUGAUUUUGACUAG